UUAAGUAGUGAUUUAAACCUGAUUUCUCUAAUCUGUCUUCUCUAUCCAAGGGGAUCUUCAUUUCCAGAGUGAGCAAAGGAGGGCCAGCCGAGAAGGCCGGGGUUCACAUUGGAGACAGAGUCUUGGAGGUCAAUGGGCAGGACAUGCAGGGGGUCAGCCACCACGAGGCAGUCAGCACCCUGAGGCAGGCAGGCAGCUGUAUUAAGAUGAAAGUGCUGCGGCAGAGACCUGAACCCACAGAGAGUCGAGUGAUCCAGGAGUCUGAAGACUCAGAAACAGGACAGCUGAUUGGUCACAAGGGGACUGAACUAAACUGCAGCUUUACAGCCAACAGGAUUGAGGCUGUGGUCUGUAAUGGCAAAGGCUUGAGUGACCUGGCACAAGAGACAACACCAGGAAAAGACUGGUUUAAAAACAGCAGUCUGCGGCUUGGGCAGCACACCAUGACGAUACCUCGAAUUAUCCUGACCCAUCCCUCUACCUCAGAUGAAGACGUGGACGGGACUUAGUGACCUCGAUGAAAUCAAUAAUCCUGAUAACCACAUCUAUACGGACCUAAGCGGUGCUUUUUAUCCACCUUAAAAAAAAAUCAAACACGCCGAGAGACCCAGUCACACCAAUUUCUCUCAAGCCUGUGAAGAUUUAACCCUGUAUGGAGGUGUCCCUCUGCUGACUGUCUUCAUUUCGCUGUUGAUGACACGAUGGGUGUAAUUUCUACUUAGGGUAAAAUUCUUAUUUUUAAGGUGUUACAUGACCCUCAGAUCUCAUUUACAUAUAAAAUACAGCAGCUUGUCCAUCUUGUUUUGUGGGUGUCAACAGCUAAUGACUUCAAAUCCUAAACACUUGGUCUAUAAAG